CUACAUUUCCCAGAAUGCCAUUAGACAUUAGCUGUGUGACGUCAGAGCUCAGUCGCUCUUAAAAUUGCUGUUGGGAAUCUUUCACGCUAAACUGAGUCCGAUUUAUACAGAAAAUGGCUUGUCCUGUGCAUGAAUCAGUGCAGAUGAACCCCAUCAUUGCACCCCUUGAGUGGCUUCUGGGUACCUGGCGGUCAGAAGAACCCGGGAAUGGCUGCUUUCCCACCAUCCAACCUUUCCGCUACUCUGAGACACUUCAGUUCAGUCACGUCGGGCAGCCUGUCGUCAACUUCUCGUUCAACGCCUUCCACUUGGACUCCAAAAAGCCUCUGCACAGAGAGUGCGGUUUCAUGCGAAUGCAGCCGGGGACCAACAAAGUGGCUUUUAUUUCGGCCCAGAAUACAGGUCUGGUGGAGAUCGAAGAGGGUGAGCUCAGUGGCCAGCAGCUUAACCUGCGUAGUCACACCAUCGCCAGAAUCUCCUUUGCUAAGGAGCCUCACGUUAAGGAGAUUUCACGAACGUUUCAGCUCCAUACAGACGGGAGACUGGAGCAGAGGGUUUCCAUGGCAACAGACAGCCAGCCGCUCACAGAGCACUUGCGCAUAGUUUACGUCCGGUCAUCUUGAAGUUAAAAAGGUCAAGAUUCACCCAGAAACCUGUUAGUGGUUUAUUUUUAGCCCACAUGGUUUGUUACAUCAUAAUUGAAGCAAUAUCUCAUCAUUUGGGGUCUAUAGAGGUUUUUUGUGGCAGUACACAACUUCAGUUGCACUAUUGAAUGUACAGUCUUUUGCGUAUGAAUACUACUUCAUUUACUCUUUUGCUUGAUGUUACUUUUCCACAAAAAGUUUCUCAGUUUUUGUCAGAACAAUAUGAGAUAAACUGCUGAUUAGAAGAGAACAGAAAGAUCCAAGAAAAAAAAAAAAAGAAAAAAACGUUCGUUGGUCUUCUUCUUCCAUUCCGUGCAUUUAUCGUCACAGAAUGCAAUAUAUUGUGUCUUCACAGAUCACUCCAGGAUUUUAAGUUGCCCAAACAGUAAUUUGUACAUAUGCUCUCAAGAUUUUGAGAAACUUGAUAAAACAGUCACAUUUUCUUUUGAUCAUUUACAUUUUUUCCUCUUGACAAUGUAUUUGCAAGAUUUUGUCCUUUAUUGCAGAAGAAAAUGCAUUCUCACACAAAUAUUAACAUUUCGAAAGAGCAAAAAACCCACGAAGCAUGUCACGCAAUCACUCUAAAGUGAUUCUUUUGCACCUGGUUUUCCUUUAUACUGCAAUGGCUUUAAUCGUUCCAAAAAUAAAAUCAUAAAUAAUCUAUGUACACAUUAAAAAAUAAAGAAAAACACAGUGAAAAUGUUAAUGUGUAAAGUCCUCUUUGGCCCUGAAUUUGCAACAUGACACAAAAAGCUUACAUUUGACGGAAGCAGGGAGGCUUCAUUUUGCAGUUCUCUCUUCCUGGGGGGG